CGCCCAGCUCGGGCUGGUCUGACCGGUUUGGGCCGCCCCGCCCGGCUCUUUGGCGGGGAGGAGCCGCCGCCAGUCGGUCGGCCGGUGCCUCCCUCGGGACGCCGGCGCGGCCAGACCCGAGGGCCCGGAGGGCGCGGGAGCAGCGGGGGCCUCCGGGGCCGGAUGCCCGCAGGAUGGGGGGCGAGCGGCAGCAUUACUACGGGAAGCACGGAACGCCACAGAAGUACGACCCCACCUUCAAAGGACCCAUCUACAACAGGGGCUGCACGGAUGUCAUUUGCUGUGUGCUCCUCCUCCUGGCCAUUGUGGGCUACGUGGCUGUGGGUAUCAUAGCCUGGACCCAUGGGGACCCUCGAAAGGUGAUCUACCCCACCGACAGUCGAGGCGAGUUCUGCGGGCAGAAAGGCACAAAAAACGCAAACAAACCCUUCCUGUUUUAUUUCAAUAUUGUGAAGUGUGCCAGCCCCCUGGUCCUGCUGGAAUUCCAGUGUCCCACCCCCCAGAUCUGCGUGGAGAAAUGUCCUGAUCGCUACCUCACCUACCUGAAUGCUCGCGGCUCCCGGGACUUUGAGUACUAUAAGCAGUUCUGUGUUCCCGACUUCCAGACCAAUAAGGGUGUGGUCGAGGUGCUUCGGGAUGGUGACUGUCCUGCUGUCCUCAUUCCAAGCAAACCCUUGGCCCAGAGAUGCUUCCCAGCUAUCCACGCCCACCAGGGGGUCCUCAUGGUAGGCAAUGAGACGACAUAUGAAGAUGGGCACGGCUCUCGGAAAAACAUCACAGAGCUGGUGGAGGGCGCCAAGAAGGCCAAUGGGGUCCUGGAGGCACGGCAGCUGGCCAUGAGGAUAUUUGAAGAUUACACUGUCUCUUGGUACUGGAUUGUCAUAGGCCUGGUCAUCGCCAUGGUGUUGAGCCUCCUAUUCAUCAUCCUGCUCCGCUUCCUGGCUGGCAUUAUGGUCUGGGUGAUGAUCAUCAUGGUGAUUCUGGUGCUGGGCUACGGAAUAUUUCACUGCUACAUGGAGUAUGCCCGACUUCGUGGGGAGGCUGGCUCUGACAUCUCCCUGGUGGACCUUGGCUUCCAGACAGACCUCCGGGUGUACCUGCACUUACGACAGACCUGGAUGGCCUUCAUGAUCAUUCUGAGCAUCCUCGAAGUGAUUAUUAUCCUGCUGCUUAUCUUUCUCCGGAAGAGAAUUCUCAUCGCCAUUGCGCUCAUCAAGGAAGCCAGCAGGGCUGUAGGAUACGUCAUGUGCUCCAUGCUGUACCCACUGGUCACCUUCUUUCUUCUGUGCCUUUGCAUCGCCUACUGGGCCAGCACUGCUGUCUUCCUAUCCACUUCCAACGAAGCCGUCUAUAAAAUCUUUGAUGACGAAACCUGCCCUCUUGUUGGAAAAACCUGCAAACCUGAGAUCUUCCCCUCCUCCAAUGAAUCCCGCCUGUGCCCCAAAGCCCGCUGCCAGUUCGCCUUCUACGGCGGUGAGUCGGGCUACCACCAGGCGCUGCUGGGCCUGCAGAUCUUCAACGUCUUCAUGUUCUUUUGGCUGGCCAACUUCGUGCUGGCGCUGGGCCAGGUCACCCUAGCUGGGGCCUUCGCCUCCUACUACUGGGCCCUGCGCAAGCCGGACGACCUGCCCGCCUUCCCGCUCUUCUCUGCCUUCAGCCGGGCACUCAGGUAUCACACAGGCUCCUUGGCCUUUGGCGCGCUCAUUCUGGCCAUCGUGCAGAUCAUCCGAGUGAUGCUCGAGUACUUGGAUCAGCGCCUGAAAGCUGCGGAGAACAAAUUUGCCAAGUUCCUCAUGACCUGUCUCAAAUGCUGCUUCUGGUGCCUGGAGAAGUUUAUCAAAUUCCUCAAUAGGAAUGCCUACAUCAUGAUUGCCAUCUACGGCACCAACUUCUGCACCUCGGCCAGAAACGCUUUCUUCCUACUCAUGAGAAACAUCAUCAGAGUGGCUGUCCUGGACAAAGUGACCGACUUCCUCUUCCUGUUAGGCAAACUUCUGAUUGUGGGUAGUGUGGGGAUCCUGGCUUUCUUCUUCUUCACCCACCGCAUCAGGAUCGUGCAGGAUACAGCACCGCCUCUCAACUAUUACUGGGUGCCUAUACUGACAGUGAUCGUCGGCUCCUACCUGAUUGCCCAUGGUUUCUUCAGCGUCUAUGGCAUGUGUGUGGACACACUGUUCCUCUGCUUCUUGGAGGAUCUCGAGAGAAAUGAUGGCUCGGCCGAGAGGCCUUACUUCAUGUCUUCCAGUCUCAAGAAACUCUUGAACAAAACCAACAAGAAACUUGCAGAGUCAUAGAGCCCCCGCUCUCCCCACCUCUCGGGAAGCCUCACAGUGGGAGCUCCGUAGCUGGGUCCGUACCCCCAGCCCAUCAGGCUUACCCGAAGUCCUGUCACUGCCGCUCCCCACCCCGUCCCCAUGAUCCAGUUACCACCAGUUUUUGAGGACCUGGAGAACUGGGGGCAUCUCCUCCCUAUGCCAGGGGGCACUCGGAGUUUUCAAGGCAGCCCCCCGAGACUGUGAAAUGAGUCACUGCAGCUCUCACUGGUCUGGAAGGGAAGAAAUCCGGUGGGAUGGAAGGUGGCCUGACCUGCAGUCUCUCACGUGCUUCCUGUCCCCCUCUUACGAUGGGACUGAUAACAAGGACAGUGUUUAUGUCUGAAGGAGUGGCCAGCUGCAGGGACCUCCAGCUCCAAACUCUCCAUUCACUCCUGCCUGCUCUGGCCAGGACCAAACCUCUUCUCCAUGGUGGAAAAAUUGCCUCGAGGGCCACCAGAAGCAUUUCUUCCUUAUUAUUUUUUUUAACCUGGACAUGCAUUAAAGGGUCUAUUAGCUUUUUUUUCCAUCUGUCUCAACAACUGAGAUAGGGCCACCAAGGAGUGCCUUCCUUUGUCCCCCUCCCCGCUUGUGGCUGGGGUGAGGGGUAUGUGUGCCCAGGUGGGGGGUGGACAGGAGGAAGAAGGGGUGAGGCCUCUGGGAGGGACAGUGGACAGCAGCCUGUGGACAGCCAGAGCAGGCUGGAGGAGACCACUCACUAAUAGCUGCUUGAUGGAAACCUGCAGGCUGGCUGGCUGGAGGAGUUGGGCUGAAUUUCCCCCCUUCCUUUGCCAGUUGUUGACACAGCUCUCUUUGUAAGAGACAGAAGAAAGUGAAUCCACCCAAGGGAUGAUUUCAGGGGGAGAAGAGGGGGGCAGAUGCCCUGGGCACACCAGGCCCAUCUGCCUGCCCACCUCACCUUGACGAUCCUUUUGCCAAACUUGAACUCAGGGGACCUGGUUUCCAGUUCCCCCUUUGCCAUAUGCCAAGGCCCCCCCCCCCCCCCGACUUCAUGCCCUUGCUCAUCAUCAUUGUCCCAGGGUCCUGGAGAGGGAGAAUUCCCAGCCUGGGGUCUCCCAUUUCCUGUGCCUGCCGCCAGCCUUCCCACCCACCCCCAUCCUGUCUGCACAGCCCUGCGUGUAACUGCAUUCCAAUCACUAAUAAAGUGCCUAUUGUACAGGUC